AUGGUGGAGAGGAUAACACAUAACCGCUUCAAAACGCUAUCCCUGGUGUCGUGCCGGAUAGUCACCCCUGAACGUUGGGUGCUUUUCAUCUUCACGUGUGCGCUCCUGGACAAGACUUGUGCCGGAGGCGGAGCGGUGCCUUUCUUGGGAGGAGGCGGCUUCAAUGGUCAGGGCGCAGCAUUGAGCCCCAGUCAAGCGGCGAAUCUAGCGGCUGCCCUGGGUGGUGGCUUAAACGCAGGCCUGGGAGGAGCCGGUCUUCUCGGUCCAGGAGGCCAGCUAUUAGCAGUACCGAAUGGACAGGGAGUGUCUGUUCCUGCACCAGUGGCCACGCCGAUCGCUUCUGUUACAUUCCUGAAACAGCCCGUCGUAAACCUGCGGUAUGUGACAAAGCCCGUCAUAAAGUAUGUCAAGCACCCAGUGGCCACUGUCCAUCACGCCAUUAGGCCCGUUGUCCGCGUGGGCCAAGCUGCCGGCGGAAUCAGCCUUAACGGGCACGGCCUUGCUGGCUUCACUUCAGCGCUCGGUAAUAACGCGGCAGCACUCAACGGCCUCGGCGGUGUCAAAGCAAAUGCACUGAAGGUGCAGACACACGUCACUGGGGCCAGUGCGGUGGCAGGACCAGCUAAAGCUGGUGGUAUUGGUGCUCUCGAAGGUCCUGCAUUUAUCGGCCCAGGACUUCACGGGCACGCUCUUUUGGGUCCUGGUGUGGGUGGCCCCGUUCUGGGGGGACAUGCUGGACCAGGGCUAGGAGGACCGGGACUUGGAGCCAUAGGUCUACAUCACUUGGCCAUGAACAACUUAGGCUUGCACGGUCUCGGUGGUCUCGGAGGCCCCGGUUUCGGAGGACCCAUGCUCGCAGGUCUCGGUGGACCUGGACUUGUAGGUGUCGGCGUACGUCACCCUACCCUGCUUGGCGUUGGACUGGGCGGCCUUGGUUACAAAGGUGGACCUGUGUUUAAGAAUGGCCUCGGCAACGUUGGAGGAGGUGACGGCGGCACCACUCUUCUUGGUGCUCUAGGCGCAGACGGUGUAGACGGGGCGGUCGCAGCUAUCAGGACGGCGCACAAUUUGUCCCCAACUGUGGCCGUUAAGUCGGGAGGAAACCUUUUUAACGCUAAAGGAUAA